AUGAGUAUCGAAAAAGAUAACCUGCAGUUGAUACGUGAGGCCGUUGCUUCACUUGCAGCCAAGGAUCGAGAGAAGGAGAACGCCAAGCUGAAAGAAGCCGAGCGCCGGGCCAAAGAAGAAGAAGAGGCAGCGGCCAGACGGAAGGCGCAGCUAAACGAAGUCAUAACCCGAGUGUUGAAGGCCACAAACCCUCGAUUACCGUCCAACGUAACACGCUAUAACUACAAGGAGGGCGCUUACAAGUCUAUCGGUAUUACGGAGCACAUGGUCGUCCACUGGGAGAUGCCCAGCUAUCUCAUUCGAGCGGAUUCAGAAGAGGCUGAAAGACAACGCUCGCGCGCUCUAGAUUACGAGAGAAGCGGCUCGCUCACCACCACCACCUCCCGACGUUUCUCGCAUUCGCUAGACCCGGACGAGCAGAGUGACGGGGAAGAGGACGACGACAACGACAAUGAGGAUGAUGACGGGGAGGAAUCGUCGACCAGGAGAGCAAAGAAGGAGAAGAAUGCGGACGCAUCCAGAGAGGGCGGCGGUGCUGCCGCAAUUGCCGAUACUGGCGGAGACUCGAAGCUAUUGAUCCAGUUCAACUACAUCGAUCGUGAAACUCAAACCUUGGAUACAUCGUUUACAUCGACACGCGAGACGAUGACCGUUCCGCCAAAGCGCGCCGGCUAUUCAGACAGUGUCACUCAGUGGGAGAUCUACGACAGGUGCAUCGAGGAACAAGCGCGCUUGGAAGCGGAGAAGAAGCGGAAAGCGGCUGCCAGUGCGCGCCAGCCGGCAGGCGGAGCGCAGGCGCAGGCAGCGGCGGAACCUGAGCCACUACCGGAAGAGCCAGACGAGCUUGAGAUCACGAUCAAGCUGGAGAACCUGGAGCCCAGCGGUGGUUCAGGAGGCAAGAAGAAGAAGACAGGUGGCAUAGGGGGCAAGGGUGGUGAUGAUGAUGGUGACGCCGAGGAGCCUGUGAAGGAGCACGAUUGCUCGGCCAUCAGCAAGGUGGCCAAGGUCAUGGAGCGCAUGGUCACGCAGAACGGCGUGCGCGAUCGCAUUCACGACAUGGUGUACUUUGACGAUCCGCGCGACGGCACGGCAGGCUACAAGAAGGCCGGCACGCUGCUACACCUGUGGAGCGUGAAGGGUAACUACGGGUUCGGUAUAGCGGUGAAGUCGUUCUGCCUGUGCCCACGCUACUCGGACAUGUUCGUCGCCACCUGCUGCAGCGUGGACCUGAUUGACAAGGUGGGCGAGGGGUCGGUGUGCCUGGACACGCUGAAGAACCUGGCGUUCCCCGACCACGUGAUGGACAUGGCGAGCGGCGUGAUGAGCGUGGACGUGCUCCCGAAGUAA